AUGUCUCAUACUCAACCAUCACCCACCGCGGGUGUAGCUCCUCACCAUGCGGCAGCGCAUCUCGCAGCACAUGCGCAGGCGCAGGCACAGGCCAAUGGUCAUAUGUCCGCAAUUCCUGUGCAAGGUCAAAAGGGAGUCCCUUCUCUCACAACCGCACAGAAGAUAGCCACACUCAAUGAACAAGUAUGGCUUCAAAUAGGAAGCUUGACCGAAUUGAUGGGCGACCUAGAGGGUGCGAUGAAUGCCUAUGAGCAGGCCCUGCGUCACAACCAGUGGUCUAUCUCAGCCAUGAAUGCCAUUUCAUGCAUUCUCCGGACAAAAGAGCAGUUCCCAAAAGCGAUUGAGUACUUGCAGAAUAUUUUGAAGUUGGAUCCGAGCAAUGGAGAGACUUGGGGCAGCUUGGGCCAUUGCCACCUCAUGAUGGAUAACUUGCAAGAGGCAUACACCUCUUACCAGCAAGCCCUUUAUCACUUGCGCGACCCUAAGGAACCCAAGCUGUGGUAUGGAAUCGGUAUCUUGUAUGAUCGCUAUGGUUCUCUGGAUCAUGCGGAAGAGGCUUUCUCGCAGGUGAUGCGUAUGGCGCCCGAUUUCGAGAAGGCCAAUGAGAUCUACUUCCGCCUGGGAAUCAUAUACAAGCAGCAGCAGAAGUUCAACCAGAGUUUGGAGCGACCCCCACGCCCUCUGACCGAAGAAGACAUCUGGUUCCAGAUUGGCCAUGUUCACGAGCAACAGAAAGACUUUGAGUCUGCUCAAUCUGCCUACCAGCGUGUCCUUGAGCGGGAUCCAAACCACGCCAAAGUUCUCCAGCAACUUGGAUGGCUCUACCAUCAGCAGAGUAAUGCUUUCCAGAGCCAGGAGAAGGCCAUCCAGUUUCUGGAGAAGUCUGUUAAUGCUGAUAACAAUGACGCUCAAAGUUGGUAUCUCCUCGGUCGUUGCUACAUGUCCAUGGCGAAAUACCCCAAGGCGUAUGAAGCCUACCAGCAAGCGGUCUAUCGCGAUGGGCGCAACCCUACCUUCUGGUGCUCGAUUGGUGUUCUCUACUACCAGAUCAACCAAUACCGCGAUGCUCUCGAUGCCUACUCUCGUGCGAUCCGCCUGAACCCUUACAUCUCGGAGGUUUGGUAUGACCUGGGCACUUUGUACGAAUCGUGCAACAACCAGAUCGCCGAUGCCCUGGAUGCAUACGGACGCGCCGCGGACCUUGAUCCGAGCAACGUCCACAUCAAGGCUCGUCUGCAGCUGCUUCAAAGUCAGUUGUCUGCUGGCACGGCUGGACAACAGCCGCCCACUGCCCCCGCGCCUCAGCCGCAGGAUGUUCAUCCUCAGGCUUAUCAGGCACCUGGCGUUGGUGCACCUCCAGCUCCUCAAUGGGGUGCCCCAGCCCCCAUCGGUCCGCCUCCACAGGCUCCUGCUCCCCCAAGGCAGAUCCCUGACUGGAACCGUGGUAUCAACGAGCUUCAGUCUCAGAGCCAAGGUCCCCCAUCGAACGGUCUUGACCAGCGCGAUGCUCGGAUCCCCGGUGCUCCCGCUCAAAGUCCUCGACAGGAGCCUGGUCGGGCCUUCCCAGAUCCCCGUGGCGCGCCUCGCUCGCCAAAGAUGGGUGAUCCCAAUGCUUACCCGCCUCCUCACACCCUACCUCAGCUUGGAAAUGCUCCUGGUCCAGGCCACGAACGCGCCCCCAGUGGCGGAAAUGCCUUUGGUGCGCGAGGUGCCAUGCCGACUGGUCUACCCGCCGCUCCUGCUGGCCCCCCUGGACCUCCCGGCCCCAACGGCGGUGCUCCUCCUUACCAGAAUCGUCCUUUCAGUCCUGCUCCUGAAAUUCGCCCUAUUCGCGAUGAGCGUCCCUCUUCGCCUGGCUCAGGAUACCCUCUCCAACAGUUCCACCCCGGUCCUACUCUCCCCCCACAAGUCCCAGGCGGUAACUCCAUCGCUUCUGGUGCCCCGGCCCCUUCUUCGGCUGCUACUGCUGCUGAGGCUGCCGCCCGUGAUCGCGAAGAUCGCCCCCCAUCUGCAAUGAAGCGCGGCCGCGAAUGGGAGGCUGAUGCCGGUCCAGUCAAGAAGCAUGAAAAUCAAGAGAGCCGUGCUCGUCUGGAUGACCAGAACAGCCGCCGCCCGAGUCCACCCGCUCGUUUGCCUUCUCCUGGUGAGAUGCAACGACGAAGCUCCUCCGAGGCCCGCCGCGAGGACGCCCGUCGUGCCAAUGAGAACUACCACCCCUCGGAGGCUGCCCACCACCCUCCUACUCUGCCUUCGAUCCAAGAUAUGCCUCCCCGCCCUUCUGCUGGCCCCAGUCUUCCUCCGAUGGCUGAAGGCUCUGUCCCCCCAUCCAACGCUCCCCCUCUGGACCUCCUUCCGCCAACACCCCGGUCAAGGAGGAAGCUCCUCGCCCCCGAGGCUCCCCCUGCCCACGAGCCCCCCGCGCGCAAGAUGGAGGUCGAUGAAGACUACGAUGACGAAGUUGAGGAAGAGAAGAAGGCUGCUGCUGGUUCCAAGGGCAGCCCCAAUGGUAGCGCUGCUGGCAACCCCACUAAUGGUGCCGGAAAUGCCCGUGCCACUACUCCAUCUAAGGUCGAGCCCACAGCAUAA